ACUGAUACAAAAUAACCGGCGCAUCACCUGCUACUGUUCUUCCCGCUUUCACAGCGUUUACGUCGUCUGAUCAAGCGCAGAGAACUGCACCGUCUUUUACAGGUGUUUUUGCUGCCACUGGUUCCCAUUCUGGGUUUAGAAUGUCUCACACAGGUAAAACAGUGGUCAUCCCUCCAGAGCUCCCCGGCAUUCUGAAGCAGUUCACCAAGGACGCCAUCCGGACACAACCUGAAGACCUGCUGGAAUGGGCCACACUGUACUUCAGUGCUCUGGUCCAGGGGAAGACGUUACCUGUGAACAGGACACCAGACAAAGUGGUAACCCCCAACACCAUGGACCUCACACCUGAGGUACUCACCACAAUGCACGAAAAGCUACAUAAGAAUGGCACAGUCAGUAAGAAGGAGGUGAGCAAGAUGUGGCUAUCGUUAGGAUUGGCUGACGACCUUCUCAGACACAUCAUGACAGUGGGCUGCUUCGGAGACCAACUCGACUGGAUAAAAUUCUUCGCCCUGUGCUGCAGCUAUCUGGGAGGGACGAUUAAGAACGCCAUGACCCACGCGCUGUACAUCCUGAACUCAGACAGCUCGUGUAAGCCCCCAGACGCCUGCGUCCCCUUCGAGACCUUCCGCUUCCUUUACUUCUACCUGGCAGCGGUGGACAAAGAGGUGUCCCAGGCCCAGAUAGACCGAACCAUUACCUACUUGGAGGCUCAGGCGAAGGCGCGUGAUGGGAUGGUGAAGGUGUCGGACUUCGUCAACAGUCGUAAAGUGCGUUUGGGAUAAACUCACCCUCUUUCCC